GUUGUUCCAGUGGCUUGCUCUACGGUGACUGUGACGAAGUGUCAGGCGGCUCUGAGGACCCUACAAAAGCGUUUCCGUUCUUUUAAACCGACAUGCCUCUGUCGAGAACCGAACGUUGAUCCCGAGUGUAACUCCUUCCGCGACUUCUUGUUUGACCAUCCCUGCGUCUUCGUCAUGAAGAAGGGUAAAAAAGAUCCGUACCCGGUGGAAACUCUACCCACAUGCACGUAUGCUCUGAGCGUGUGUCAUAACGAGAAGGCAUGCUCUGCGCUGUUCGACCGAUUCAAGAAUGCUUGCAAGGCUCGGGAUGGAGAGUGUCGCAUGGAUGAUCGGGAAGCCUGUCGCGAAGCCUGGGCGGGUCUGCGACUAUCGCCACUCUUUGGCUGCAUCUGCCCUAACACCCACAUGAAGAAACGCUGCGACAGGAUCUUCGCGGUAGUCAACCACAACCCAUGCGUCG